AUGCCUUCCAGAUCCGAGAUCACAUAUUUUGGCGCAGGCCCGGCUCUGCUGCCCACAGACGUCCUUGAGAAGGCUGCCCAGGCCCUCAUUGACUAUGAGCAUACCGGAUUAGGUAUUGCUGAGCACAGCCAUCGCUCAGAGCUGGCUACAAACAUCAUCAACGAGGCCAAGGCUGAUCUUGCCUCUUACAUUGACAUUCCCGAGGACUAUGAGGUUCUUUUCAUGCAGGGUGGUGGAAGUGGAGAGUUCUCCGCUACCUUGUACAACCUUGUCGGUGCAUGGGUGGCAAAGAAGAAGGCCCAGAUUGUUGCCAACCUCAAGGCUCCUGAGGACGACCCUCGCGUGGAGCAGGAGCUCAGGAAUGCAGUCGAGAAGGAGCUCAAGACGGAUUACAUUGUCACUGGUGGCUGGUCUCAGAAGGCUUCUGAAGAAGCCAAGCGACUGCUUGGUCCUGAGCAUGUCAACAUUGUUGCUGACGCCCGCCAGAUUAACGAUGGCAAGUAUGGCAAGAUUCCUGAGGAGAGCACCUGGAACCUCUCCAAGGAUGCUGCUUUGGUGUAUUAUUGCGACAACGAGACCGUCGAUGGUGUAGAAUUUCCUGCUUUCCCUCAGUCCUUGACCCCUGGAACUGACGGCGAGGGCCCUAUUGUUGUGGCCGAUAUGUCCUCCAACAUCCUGUCGAGGAGAAUCCCUGUCCGAAACUUCUCAGUUAUAUUCUUCGGCGCCCAGAAGAACCUCGGCUGCACUGGUGUCACCGUUGUGAUAAUCAAGAAGAGCCUUCUCCCUCCCAAGACACCUCAGCCCCCUGCCGCGCUGCUUCGGCGACUCGGGCUUCCUAUCCCUCCUAUUAUCUUCUCUUACGAGACUAUCGCCAAGAAUAACAGUCUCUACAAUACCCUCAGCAUCUUCGAUGUCUAUAUUGCCGGCCAAGUUCUCAAGAAGUCCCUUAGCACCUAUAGCAAGGUCGAGGGACAGGAGGCCGUGUCCGCCAAGAAGGCUGAGCUUAUCUACGGUGCUCUUGACGCUCACCCCGAUGUGUAUAGAGUUGUCCCUGACAAGUCUGUUCGUUCAAGAAUGAACAUCUGCUUCCGAGUUACCAAGAAUGGCGACACUGAUGGCACAGAGAAGGCUUUCCUCAAGGAGGCUACUGCGCAAGGUCUCACCGGCCUUAAGGGUCACCGAAGCGUUGGUGGCAUUCGUGCCAGCAGCUACAACUCCAUUCAUUUGGAGGGUGCAGAAAAGCUUGCCAAGUUCAUCGAGACCCCCAAGACUGUCACUGGUGACGAUGUCUUGGAGUUGCACGUUCAUGGAGGAUCAGCCACCGUAAAAGCUGUGUUAGCAGCCAUUCCGAAAUGUUCCGCUACACAUCGUAUUCGAUACGCAGAGCCCGGCGAGUUUACGAAGCGCGCCUUUUUCAACGACCGCCUAGAUCUUGCUCAAAUUGAAUCCCUGAGUGACACCCUGGCAGCUGAAACCGAACAGCAACGUCGUGCAGCUGUGCGAGGCAAUUCAGGUGCUCUUGGACGACAAUACGAGGCAUGGAGAGAGCAGCUCUUGUUGGCUCGUGGUGAGAUCGAAGCAUUGAUCGACUUUUCCGAAGACCAGCACUUCGACGAGUCCCAAGCUGAAUUGUUACAGAAUGUGACUGCGCAAGUUGCCAGGAUGCUACACAGCAUUGAGCUGCAUGAGCAGGGAAGCCAAAGGAGCGAGCUUUUGCGGAACGGAAUUCGUAUAGCGCUGUUAGGGCCACCCAAUGUUGGCAAGAGCUCGCUUAUGAACCUGAUCGUUGGGCGCGAGGCAUCUAUUGUGUCCGGUGAAGCAGGCACAACGCGAGAUAUCGUCGAGGCAAGCUUAGACAUUCGCGGCUAUUUAUGUUCAUUCGCAGAUACGGCAGGAUUUCGCUCCAAAGGUUCCCGGGUGAUCAACGGGGCUGAUAGUGGCGCAAUUGGGGCCGUGGAGGAAGAAGGUAUACGCCGAGCAAAACAACGAGCCCAGGACUCUGAUCUUGUUAUAGUCCUAGCAUCCGUGGAGGACGGCCAGGAUGGGCCAUUUCUGCAAUACGACCAAGAAACGCUCGAUCUCGCUGCGGGGGCAGAGGACUGUGUCGUCGUUAUCAAUAAACAAGAUGCAAUUGAGAAGGAAGAAUUUGAGAAACUGGUUCAGGAUUUCAGAAAAACUGUUCGAAUUCAAGCCCCCAAACUAGCGGCGGCGGAGUUCGUGUCCGUAUCGUGUAAGGAGGCUCAGGCAGGAACAUGGGAAAGCAAGGAUCCUGGCGGUAUCCAGGCUGUGAUAACCAAACUCGUGGCAUCCUUUGAGAAGAUGACAUCCAUGCCUGUCGAUCUUCAGGAUCUGCUAGGCGUUACAGAGCGUCAGCGCCAGCUCCUCGUCAAGUGCCGUCAACACUUGGAGGACUUCAUGACGGAGGCUGCCCCUGAAGAGGGCUUGGAUGCCGAUGCCGUGCUUGCUGCCGAGUAUCUGAGGUACGCUGCGAACUGCCUUGCACGGAUCACGGGUCGGGAUGAGUUUGGAGAUGUUGAGGAUGUACUGGGUGUUAUCUUUGAAAAGUAA